AUGCUGCAGGAUAAGGGCCUGUCGGAGAGCGAGGAGGCCUUCCGGGCCCCGGGCCCAGCGCUCGGCGAGGCCAACGCUGCCACCGCCCCUGAGCCCGCGCUGGCCGCUUCGGACCUCAGCGGAGCGGCGCUCGUCCGCUCCCCGGGCCCCGGCGCCGACACCGCCGCCGCCGCCGCCGAGCAGACCAUCGAGAACAUCAAGGUGGGCCUGCAUGAGAAGGAGCUCUGGAAGAAGUUCCACGAGGCGGGCACGGAGAUGAUCAUCACCAAGGCGGGCAGGAGGAUGUUCCCCAGCUACAAGGUAAAGGUCACGGGCAUGAACCCCAAGACCAAGUAUAUCCUGCUGAUUGACAUCGUCCCUGCAGAUGACCACCGCUACAAGUUCUGUGACAACAAAUGGAUGGUGGCAGGGAAGGCUGAGCCCGCCAUGCCAGGAAGGCUCUACGUCCACCCGGAUUCUCCGGCUACUGGGGCCCACUGGAUGCGACAACUGGUCUCCUUCCAGAAGCUGAAGCUGACAAACAACCACUUGGACCCUUUCGGCCACAUCAUCCUCAACUCCAUGCACAAGUACCAGCCGCGGCUACACAUCGUGAAGGCUGAUGAGAACAACGCUUUUGGCUCCAAAAACACAGCUUUCUGCACCCACGUGUUUCCAGAGACGUCCUUCAUCUCCGUGACCUCCUACCAGAAUCACAAGAUCACACAGCUGAAAAUUGAGAACAACCCUUUUGCCAAGGGAUUCCGGGGUAGUGACGACAGUGACCUGCGUGUGGCCCGGCUGCAGAGCAAAGAAUACCCCGUGAUCUCCAAAAGCAUCAUGAGGCAGAGGCUCGUCUCCACCCAGCUGGCGGCGAAGCCCGAUGUCAGCCCCCUGCAUGGCCCCCACCAGGCGCUGCAGCACUACCAGUACGAGAACGGGGCUCACAUGCAGUUUGCUGGGGCCGAGCCACAGGACCUUCCCCUCAACACCUUCCCGGCCCAGAGGGAUUCAAGCCUCUUCUAUCACUGCUUGAAAAGACGAGCAGACAACGCCCGCCACCUGGACCUACCCUGCAAGCGCUCCUACCUGGAAGCCCCCUCUGCAGUGGGGGAGGAUCAUUACUUCCGUUCGCCCCCUCCCUACGACCAACAGAUGCUGAGCCCCUCCUACUGCAGCGAGGUGACCCCAAGAGAAGCCUGUAUGUACUCGGGUUCAGGGCCUGAGAUUGCCGGGGUGUCUGGGGUGGACGACUUGCCCCCACCCCCCCUGAGCUGUAACAUGUGGACGUCAGUCUCUCCGUACACGAGCUACAGCGUUCAGACAAUGGAGACUGUGCCUUACCAGUCCUUCCCCACGCACUUCACCACCACCACUAUGAUGCCUCGGCUGCCCACUAUCUCCGCUCAGGGCGCCCAGCCACCAGGAAACACCCACUUCAGUGUCUACAAUCAGCUCUCCCAGGCUCAGGGCCGAGAGCGCGGGCCCACCUCCGUCUUCCCGAGGGAGCGAGGCCUCCCCGCGGUGUGUGAGAGGAAGCCACCCUCUCCACACCUGAACGCUGCCAACGAGUUUCUCUACUCUCAGAGCUUCUCCCUAUCCCGGGAAGCUUCCGUACAGUACCACCCAGGAAUGGGGACUGUGGAGAACUGGACUGACGGAUGACUCCCAGGUCCCUCGACAGCCCCAGGACCAUGUUGAUCCAGCACUGACCUCUGUGGGUGGCCUGCACUACCAAGAAACACAGGAAAGUAGUUAAAGGGUGGGCUGUGUGCAUGUGUGUGUGUGUGUGUGCACAUGCAUUUGGAGAGCCUUGAUCUUCUGCCAUACAAUUGAGGCCAUGACAAGGAACAAAACAUAACUGUCUAGGAUGUGCUUUUUGUCCUUUGUUAUCUGGCAUCUCUUGAACAUGCCCACGGGUGGGAUGGAAGUGGGGAGUUCAUGUGAAAUAUUCAGAGAUUUUAUAAUAUAAUAUUUGACUUACUCAGGGCCAGGUGAUGAGGUCCCUCCGACAGGAAAGGUGGGGGAGGAUUCUCUUCGCUGGGGUGGGAGGGCUCUGUGCACACCUUAGUGGUCCUGGCCUUCUCUUUGCAAGGGGGGCUGAGAACCUCUGGCCCACUCCCUUGGCUUCUGAAGGUUCUAUGACCCGACCCAAGAGGUGGGCUCAGCUAAGCCACAGAGCACACCCUUAGUGGAGCUGGCUGCCCAGUGAGUGGCCUGGAGAUUCAUCCCUGAGCUAUGAGGGCUGAUCUUCAGAGAGGGUCAUGUGCUAAGUGCCACCUGAUGGGUAUGAAAAAAACUUUUUUUUUUCCUUUAAGAGGAGGGAAAAUGCAACCUAUGGCAUCUCUGUCAUCAUUCAGGUUUUCUUAUAAAGCGCAAAGCCCUUCCCCCUUGGUCCCCAAGGCACAAGCUCUCACUCCCUCUGUUGUGCAAGACUCAGCCUCUCAGGCCCCAUCUGCAUCCUGUGGCUGGCAAUUAUGAAACACACUUCACCUGGCAGCGUCCCCAGGAGACUGCGCUGGGGCUGCUGCCAGGCAUCUACGGAGCCUGUUCUGCUCCCAGAAAAUCCGUGCCUCUGGAGCAGGAAAGCCCAACAGAAAUAAAAACGAGAAUCGAGAAAACAUUCACUUCUUCCAGUAAAUUCGGCUAGUGCGCUCUGAGGAGCAAGGACCAUUCUUCUGCAGCGAGGUGGGUCCGAGUCCUCAGCCCCGCUCUUUAGCAUUGAACAUCACCAGACCAUCCACGCGGCUGGUGCAAACUCUGUAAUCCAAGUUGGGAAAUCUCUAAACUCUUUGCAUGCUGAAUAGCUAUUUAUAUAUUAUAUAAAUAAAGAAAGAAAUAUAUAUAUAUAUAUAUAUAUCUCACAAAUGCAGGCCACAUGUCAAAUUCAGCUUUGCUCUUUACAAAUGAAUAAACUUUAAAAAAAAAGAAAUGUUGGAGGGGGUAUUUGGAAAGACAUCUAUUUAAAUUUUUAUUACACACUUGAUGUUAAAAAAACUAAGAAUGGUUUAGAAAAACAUAAAUAAAUGAAUAAAUAAAUAAAUAUAUAUAUAUAUAUAAACACACACAGUACAGAUUAAAUUUUAUUAGCAGACACAUUAGCUAACAGGGGAUAUGGAACCUCAAGUG